AUGAUUAUCAACAAAGUGGACGAAGAGCUGGCGCUGGCGGAAAACACUAUGAAAAGGAAUCAAGAGGCUGUAGAACUGGAUCUCAACACGGCACCAAGCGCAAAACGCAGAUUGAUGGAGGUUGAUGCUGCAAGUAGCUGCUUGCAAGGAGUUUAUAAUGCCGACUUCCAGCAUCUCCGAUCAUCUAGCACAAUGCCACUUAUACGUGCAGACUGGCAAUCAACGCCGGCUCCAGCCGAAAGUAGCGUCGAAUACCCGACCAUGGAAACCAUUAUGGGUAACUCGCCCCAGGGAGUGUCCCAUCCCGAAAUUGGAGAACCGACAGCAGGAUUCGACAACUUGGACUAUAUCGCACCCGUAAAUAUGAUUAUCAACCUUCCGCCAGCAUUCCACCCGGCAUGGCCCGGAUGGACAUGGAAUGAAAAUAGAGAUUCAGCCAAUGGAGGCACGGACAGUCAUGUAAUUAGCGAGCAAAUCAUUUAG